UGGUUUGUGAAUUUGUGUCUUUACCUUAUGCAAAGGAAAUAUGUAGAACCAUAACUUGCUAAUUCUUCGCGGUUGUUUUAACAGUGCUAAUUUAAUCCUGGUAAAUUCUAUUUUGACUGUUACGUAGUUUCUAAGAUGUCUCAGGCAAGCAAAGACACUGAGAGUGCAUUAGCUGGUUUAGAGCAAGAGGUAGACCAGUCAGAUGUUCCUCAACCAACAACACUAUCUAAAGAGCCUCGAAGGAGUGAAAGAGCUCGAACAUUAACUGAAAAAGGAAAAGAACUUCAGAAGGAAAAGCUAGAAGUUCUUCUGCUACGCUUUGACAGUAUUUAUGAAAGAUGGAGAGCUCUGACCAAGGUUGCUAAGAAAUCUGUAAUGAGUCAAGAUCCCAGUGAAAUUCUACAGGAACACAUUAGCAGCGUUCAGAAAGAGGCAUCAGAGCUGAACAAUAUUUAUGAUGACUACAGAAGAAUUGAUAGUCCAGCUCAUGACAUGCGUCGUAAGAUGGACAACUGUACAUCAAUUACUGAAGUAGUGGUUCAGAACGCUCAGUUGCAAAUUCAAGGAAGAGAAGAGCAGAUUAUUUGGCCUAAUGCAAAGUCAGUAUUUGCAUCUUCCAUAUCCAGUGUUUCACCACCUGCUUCAAGUCGUUCUAAGAUUAAUUCUUUGCGCUCUGAUACAUCUUCAGUCAAAAGACAAGAAGCUGCUGCUGAGUAUGCAGCCACACAAGCUGUCUUAAAGAUUAUGGCUGAGCAAGAGUCAUAUCAAGAAAAACUACAAAAGCUUGAGGUUGAAGAGAAGUUGAUCAUUGCAGAACAAGAAGCAGCUGCAUUAGCUUGUCAUCUGCAAGCGGAAAAGGAAGAAACAGAGCGUAGAAUAGAAAGGGAGAAACGAAAAUCCGCUCUCCAAAGGAAACAACAAGAGGAGAACGCCGCAAGAAGGAGGUCAGUAGAAAACUUAAAAAGAGAACUUGAGCGUUUGGAGGAAUUGAAAAGGCUGAAUGCAGCCAAGGCAAAACUUCAGGUUUAUGAUGAACACGAGAAUGAUCAGGUUAAGGGCUUUGCAGCAAAUAGUGCAGAACUUCCUAUUGUCAUGCAGACUGUCAGUCAGAUUAAGCAAGAACCACAACCACCAAGAGUUGUGUUCUCUAAUAGUAGUCCAACACAAAAUGAAACAGGAGCACUUGUGAAGGUUUUGGCUGAGGCUAUGUCAGCAAACAGGCUCCCCAUUCCAGAACCUACCGUCUUUUGUGGAGAUCCACUUAGGUUUGUUCAUUGGAAGGCAUCUUUCGAGACUCUGAUUGAGCAGAAAAACAUUCCAACCUCAGAGAAGAUCUUCUUCCUUCAGAGAUAUGUUGGAGGAGCAGCACGAGAGGCUUUGGAAGGUUACUUUCUAAUUGGUCCAGAAGAGUCAUAUGAAGCAGCUUGGAAGUUGCUCAGUGAACGAUAUGGACAUCCAUUUGUAAUUGCAAAGGCUUUCAGAGACAAAUUAUAUUCCUGGCCAAAGGUAGCUGCAAAGGAAAGUGCUGAGUUAAGGAAAUUUGUGGACUUCUUGCGCAGUUGUGAAUCUAAAUUACCCGACUGGUUAAGCACCAGAUGGAACAGAAAGGCCACAGAAUAUCAAUUGGAGCAUGGGAGAUUCCCGAAGUUCAGUUAUUGUGUGACAUUCCUUUCAUUAGAGGCCAGUAUUGCUUGCAAUCCUAUUACAUCUUAUCAAGCAUUACGGCAGACUGAAUCUGAUAAGGUGAGGAUUAAAAAUCAGACAUUAGUAACUCCUAAAACCCAGACCAUAGGUUCCAAAAUAUUCACAACCAAUACCAGUGAGAGAAACAGAGUCACCUGUCUGUUCUGUAAGAAAGUAGGACAUGGUGUACAAAAGUGUUUCAAAUUACUGGACAAGGCAGUUGCUGACAGAGUCAAAUUCAUUCGAAGUGAAAAUCUAUGCUUCGGCUGUUUGAGCAUUGGCCAUCAGUCUAAGAAAUGUACCAAUCGGAUGGUCUGUGAAGUCUGCUCAAAACGUCACCCCACGUGUUUACACGAAGAUCGCUCAAACCGUGAACAAGGAGCAAAGAGAGAACAAUUCAAGGAAGAGUUAGCAGUAAAGAAUCAGCACAACCAAGUGUCAGUAACGAAAGCACGUCCAACAGAGUUGUACAAGAUGGUAACAGUGUACAGACUUCAGCCAUAGUCCCGGUGUAUGUGUCUUCACCAAAGGAUCCAAACAAGGAAGUUCUUGUUUAUGCUCUGUUAGAUUCACAGAGUGAUUCUUCAUUUAUUCUUGAGGAAGUAGCAGAUGUUCUAAACAUGAACACAGAACAAGUCAGACUGAAAUUGUCUACAAUGUCAUCUAAAGGGACAAUUGUAGUUUGUAAAAGACUCAAUGGUCUACAGAUAAGAGGACUAGACUCCUCUAAGAAAGUUACAGUGCCAACAGCUUAUACUCGGGAGUUCAUUCCUGCCAAUCGGACUCAUAUUCCAACUCCAGAGACAGCUCAGGCAUGGCCGCACUUGGAACAUAUUGCAGCACACAUGGCUCCACAGAAGGACUGUGCAAUUGGUCUCCUAAUAGGUUAUAAUUGCCCACAAGCAUUAUUACCUAGAGAAGUUGUAUGUGGAGAAGAAAACCAACCUUUUGCACAGAAGACUGACCUAGGUUGGAGCAUAGUGAGCUAUGUUGCACCGUUCGAGCACCAUGGUGAUGAUAUUGGAAUAAGUCAUCGCAUCAUUGUAAAGAGAGUGAUGCCAGAAUCCACACCUACAGCUAAACUUAAGAGUGAAGUUCACUAUGUGUGUAAGACUCAAAUCAAGGAAUUGACCACUCCAGACAAUGUAAUUAAGAUCCUAGAAUCUGAUUUCAGUGAAAGAGAUGUGGAGGAAGCAAUACUUUCUCAGGAAGAUUUCCACUUCUUGACCAAGCUGAAGGAGGGAAUCAUGCAGAAACAUGAUGGUCAUUAUGAAAUGCCCCUGCCUUUCAAACAAGACAGACCAAACCUGCCUAGCAAUAAAGCAUGUGCUGUUCAUCGGUUGUCAUGCUUAAAGCGCAGAUUCAAGAGAGACCAGAAAUAUCACACAGACUAUAAGAACUUCAUGAAAGACCUCAUAGCUCGUGGUGAGGCAGAAAAGAUCACAGAUGAGGAAUUGAACAACGAACCAGCCUGGUAUAUACCUCAUCAUGGUGUAUACCACCCUCAAAAGCCAGGGAAGAUACGAGUAGUCUUUGAUUGCUCUGCAAGGUUUCAAGACACUUCCCUGAAUGACCAUCUUCUUACAGGUCCAGAUCUUACAAACAACUUGGUGGGAGUUCUUUGUAGGUUUCGUAAGGGACCCAUAGCUGUCAUGUGUGACGUUGAACGCAUGUUUCAUCAGUUUCAUGUUAAGACUGAAGACCAGGACUACUUAAGGUUCUUAUGGUGGGAGGAUGAUGAUCUGGAAUCUUCACCAUCAGUGUUUCGAAUGAAGGUACAUCUGUUCGGGGCAGCCUCCUCACCUGGGUGUGCUAACUUUGGGUUGAAGCAUUUAGCUAGUAAGUGUCAGGAUCAGUUCAGUGAAAGCACUGUUAAAUUCAUUCAGAGAAGUUUUUAUGUGGAUGAUGGAUUAGUGAGUGUUAUGUCGGAUGCUGAGGCAAUCCAACUCAUUAAGGAAGCCAGAGAGCUCUGCAAAACAGGGAAGCUUAGACUGCAUAAGUUUGUUUCCAACAGCAAGCCUGUUUUGAAAUCAGUACCAGAGGAAGAGUGUGCUGAUAGUGUCAAAACCCUGGACAUGGCUUUGGGAGACCCUCUCUGUGAGAGAGCUCUUGGUGUUCAGUGGUGCAUAUCUUCCGAUGACUUUCAGUUCAGAAUUACUGUCAAGGAACACCCACUGACCAGAAGAGGAGUACUGUCUACAGUAGCUUCCGUCUAUGACCCGUUAGGAUUCUUAGCUCCGUUUGUCUUAAGAGGAAAGCAAAUUCUACAGAAACUGUGCAGAGAGAAGGUUGGUUGGGAUGAGUCCCUCCCAGAAGAACUCAGAACACAGUGGACAUCCUGGCUAGAAGAUCUUCAGAAUUUGUCUAAAGUGAAGAUCAAAAGACCUUACCUACCAGUAAGCUUCUAUGAGGUUAAGCAAUAUCAGCUUCAUCAUUUUUCAGAUGCGAGUGUCACAGGUUAUGGAGAGUGUACGUACCUUAGAGCAGUUAAUGCUGAUGGAGAAGUCCAUUGCUCUUUUGUUAUGGGAAAGGCACGCGUUGCUCCUACUAAGGUAACCACGGUACCACGUCUUGAGCUAUCUGCAGCAGUAGUAGCAGCAAGGACAAGUGUUGUUCUCAGAGAAGAACUUGAACUGAAGGAUCUUCAAGAACAUUUUUGGACUGACUCAAAGGUAGUUCUUGGAUACCUACAUAAUGAUGCAAGACGUUUUCAUGUGUUUGUGGCAAAUAGAGUCCAAAGAAUUAGGUCAAUUACAGAACCCCAACAGUGGCAUUAUGUGCAGUCUGCAGAUAAUCCUGCAGAUCAUGCAUCCAGAGGACUAACGGCAGAUGAGCUUGUUGCUUCAAACUGGCUCACUGGCCCAGAUUUCUUGUGGGAAAGGGAGCUACCCACAAGUGAAGUGAAAGUGGAAGAAGUCAGUGACAAUGAUCCAGAACUCCGAAAGGUGCAGGUGCCCAAAACCAGUGCAAAGGAAGACAGGACAUUGUUAGAUCGUCUGACAAAGUUUUCUGACUGGAAAAGAGCCAUUAAAGGUAUUGCUAGUCUUAAGCGCUUAGCUCAACAGAUUAAAGGACUGAAAUCUAAGCUAAAUGAAGCCACAAAUGUUGAAGAAAGACAAGAAGCAGAACGCUUCAUUAUAAAACUAGUCCAAAGAGAAAGGUUCAGCAGUGAAAUCAAGGAUUUAGAACAAGGCAAGGAAAUAAGAUCUAAGGACAAGGUCAAAAGGUUACACAAGUUAGAUCCAUUUGUAGACGAGCAUGGUGUGCUCAGAGUAGGGGGACGUUUGACAAGAGCUAGCCUUCAUCCACAUGUCAAACAUCCUGUAAUUUUGCCGAAGGAAUGUCAUGUGUCUGCUUUGCUUAUCAAGCAUUACCAUAAGCAAGUACAGCAUCAGGGAAGAGACAUGACUGUGAACGAACUGCGAUCUAAUGGCAUAUGGAUCUUAGGGUGCAGUAGUGCUGUUGCUUCACAUAUUUACAAGUGUACAAGGUGCAGGAAGUACAGACGGACUGCACAGGAACCUAAGAUGGCAGAUUUGCCUGAAGAAAGAGUGGAAAUGACACCUCCAUUCACAUACUGUGGCAUGGAUUGCUUUGGUCCAUUCUAUGUGAAGGAAGGAAGGAAAGAACUAAAAAGGUAUGGUCUUCUCUUUACAUACAUGUGCUCAAGAGCCAUACAUAUUGAGAUGUUGGAUGAUCUUACAACAGACGCUUUCAUCAACGCGUUGCGUGCAUUCAUCGCAGUACGUGGAAACGUAAGACAGUUGAGGAGUGAUCAAGGCACUAACUUUGUGGGUGCACAAAGGGAGUUCAUGAAUGCAAUGAAGGACCUAAAUCAUGAACAACUCAAAGAGUAUGGAUGUGAGUUCAUCACAAACUUUCCAUCAUCCAGUCAUAUGGGAGGUGUAUGGGAGAGACAGAUCCGAACAAUCAGAAGUGUUCUAACUGCAAUUCUAGAUCAAUCAGUUAAAAGACUUGACUGUGCAUUGCUUAGAACUUUUCUGUAUGAAGUGAUGGCUAUUAUAAAUAGCAGACCUCUGACAACAGAGCAUUUAAACGAUCCAACAAGCUUGGAACCUCUCACUCCCAAUCAUAUUCUUUUGAUGAAGUCUGGAAUAAUAUUGCCUCCUCCUGGCCAGUUUGUGAGUCAGGACCUGUACUUGCGUAAAAGGUGGCGCCAGGUGCAGUUCCUGGCAAAUGAGUUCUGGACUAGGUGGAAGAACGAGUACCUUCUUAAUCUUCAGCAGAGGCAAAUAUGGCAAAGAGACAGAAGAAACAUUAAGGUUAAUGACAUUGUCAUCCUCAAAGAGGAUAAUUCUCCAAGAAAUCAGUGGAAGCUGGCAAAGGUGGCAGAAGUGUAUCCUAGCAAGGACGGAAAGGUUAGGAAAGUUAAACUUCUGAUCAGUGACUCAUCUUUAGAUAGUAAAGGAAGACGUAUUUCAAAGCCAGUUUAUUUAGAUAGACCGGUGCACAAGAUUGUUCUACUGCUUGAAGCAGAGUAAAGGUUAUACCUUAUUUUUAGGUAUAUGCUAUGCCUGUAUGAUCUUCAAGAGUUAAGUGAAAGUUCGAUUGUUCAGUUCAGUUUGAAAUCCCAAACAUUGUGAUUUGGUGGGAGUUUAACUGACAUAAAUGUCAAGUCAUGUUUAUAUUUUAUUUGCAUAUUUAUUGUGUGUUUAUAAUUAUUUGAUUGUUAAUGCGGACCCGGAACAAAGUUUGUGUUCCGCCGGACAUUUUUGCUGAUACACGAGUGAGAAGCAUGUGGAGAGAAGUGAAGGUACAAGCAGGCAAGAAAGUGAAGGUUAAGCAUUUAUUUUGGGAUUUUGAUGAUUCGUAACCAUUCCCUCUGGGGUGUGCAGCCAGCGAGGUACGUUUAUUUUGUGUUUGGUUUAUGUUGUGCAUUUAUUUAUAAUUCUGUUUGUCUCUUUAAAAUGUGAUGUUUUACUGUACGUCAUAGUUCGACGGUGGAUUUGUUCGGACGUAAGGAGCAACAAGUGCUCAGAAGGAAAGAAUAAAUUCAUCUGUGAUGAUAAAGAACUGCUUCGUUGUCUCAUUGGAGGGAGUGAUACGCAUUAUCCACACCUGCACUUCAUCUGCUAUUAGUUCACUUUGUAUUUAACCACCACCAGUGUCCUCAGUUCCCCGCCAGAUCGUUGUUCGUGUGUCGUCGUGCUUUCCCAGUUCAUUGUUCCUGCCGUGUCUUCGUGUUUCCUGGCUUUGUUGAUGCUCGACCUUGUUACUACUGCCUGUUGCCGACCAUUGCCUGCCUGACCACGCUUCACCGCCUGACGUUUGGUAUUGUACUCUCCUCCCGGUUAUGAUCUGUGCCUGCUCCUGACUACGUCUCCGCCUAAUCCCAUGUAACUCGUCUGAUCACCUGUGUAUGACCCUGCCUGGACUUUACUCCGCAUACUGGAAUAAACCACACUCUUUAACGCCAGAAAA